GUCAAACCGGAUGAUCCUGUUAUGCAAGAAGAAAUAUUCGGUCCGAUUCUGCCCAUCAUCAAUGUGGACUCUGCUAAAGAAGCCAUGGACUUCAUAAAUGCCAGCGUUCGUUAUCCGCCAUUCUCGGAGAAAAAAUUGGACGCAGCGCGAUUUUUGAUGAAGAAACGACGUUUCGUUGGCAUGGAAUAUUUGCCUUACGUGUUAUUCUUCCUGCUUGGAGUGCUGACUGUGCUGAUCAUCCAGAAGCUGACCCAAGAAACAGAGGGUAAAUAA